UAUAUAGUCCUCACUUUACUCCAAUAACAUCCAUCAUCACAGCUAGCUUCUGAAGCCAUACUGAAACAAAAAUCAAGAAAAAAAAAAUCUGGUUUUGCAGAAUUUGUUUAAACUUUAAAAUUUUCUUCAAGAAAAUGGAGAUCCAGAAACAAAAUAUGCUUCAAGGAGUUGAAAAAGAUUUAGUAGGUGACAAAGGUUCUUCUUCUUCAGGGAAAAUGGGAGCUCCAUUGUUUAGUUGGCCAUGGCAGAAUCUAGGCAGUCUCAAGUACCUCUUUUUUGGGCCACUUCUUGUCGAUUUCAUGUAUUCAAAUGUCUAUAAAAAGAGGCAAAGUGAGUAUGCUUGGUGUAUGCAUGUCAUAAUCCUGUCUUCAUUAAGAGGGCUUGUGCACCAGCUAUGGAAUACUUUUGACAAUAUGCUUUUCAUAAAUCGAAAUCGUCGGUUAUCUCAAGAAGGCAUUGAUUUCCAUCAAAUCGACAAAGAAUGGCAUUGGGACAACUUCAUCAUACUUCAAGCUUUUGUAGCUUCAAUGAUAUUCUUGUGGAUCAAUCCUUCAAUGACCAAUUAUCCUAUUUGGAACAUAAGUGGGAUUAUAUCUUGUAUACUCUUUCAUAUUGGGCUUUCAGAACCUCUAUAUUAUUGUCUUCAUAGAUUGUUACAUUCAUCAUAUUUCUUCCAACAAUAUCACUGGCUUCAUCAUAGCUCUAAAGUGAACCAUCCAUACACAGCUGGGCAUGCUACAUUUUUGGAGCAUUUGUUACUUUGUGUGAUCGUAGGAGUUCCGGUCAUCGCAACUACUUUGAUCGGGCAUGGCUCGAUGAUCAUGUUCUACGGUUAUUUUUUGGUCUUCGAUUUCCUUAGAUGUAUGGGGCAUAGUAACGUCGAAGUUGUUCCUUGUCGCAUUUUUGAUACGCUGCCUAUACUUAAAUAUGUUAUUUAUACACCAACGUACCAUUUUAUACACCAUAAAGACAUGAAGACAAAUUUCUGCCUAUUUAUGCCUCUUUUUGAUGUUUUGGGAAAGACCUUGAACAAGAUUUCUUGGGACCUUCAUAGAGAAAUGCAUUCAAAUGAAGGCAAGAAAGCUAAGGCACCAGAGUUUGUGUUUCUUGCACAUGGAGUAGACAUCAUGUCAUCUAUGCAUGUUCCAUUUGUUUUUAGAUCAUUAAGCUCAUUACCAUUUUCUACAAAACUUAUCUUGUUCCCAAUGUGGCCUUUUGCUUUCUUGGUGGUGUUGGUCAUGUGGGCUAAAUCCAAGCCUUUCUUGCUCACUUUCUGCCAUCUUAGAGGAAAACUACUUCAAAGUUGGAUUGUGCCAAGAUUUGGUUUCAUGUAUUUUUUACCAUUUGCGAAAGACGGCAUAAAUAACCAAAUUGAAGAAGCUAUACUAAUGGCCGAUAGGAUCGGGGUCAAGGUCCUUAGUCUCGCUGCCUUGAACAAGAAUGAAGCUUUGAAUGGAGGCGGGAAACUUUUUGUAACGAAACAUCCGGAUCUUAAAGUUCGAGUAGUCCAUGGAAACACGUUGACUGCAGCCGUGAUUCUUAAUGAGAUUUCUCAAGAUGUAAAAGAGGUGUUCUUAACCGGAGCUACUUCUAAACUUGGAAGAGCCAUCGCCCUUUACUUAGCUCGUCGUCAAGUUAGAGUCUUGAUGCUUACUCAAUCAACCGAAAGAUUUAAGAGCAUUCAGAAAGAAGCUUCACCAGAGAAUCAAAACCUUUUGGUUCAAGUGACAAAGCUUCAAGCAGCCAAACACUGCAAGACAUGGAUAAUUGGCAAAUGGACCACACCAAGAGAGCAAAGAUGGGCACCAGCCGGAACACAUUUCCAUCAGUUUGUGGUUCCACCGGUGUUCGAGUUCAGAACAGACUGUACAUAUAGUAAGCUUGCAGCCAUGAAGCUUCCUGAUGAUGUUCAAGGCCUAGGCACAUGCGAGUACACUAUGGAAAGAGGUGUGGUUCACGCUUGUCACGCGGGUGGGUUAGUUCAUCUUCUUGAAGGUUGGACACAUCAUGAAGUUGGUUCAAUCGAUGUGGACCAGAUUGAUUUGGUUUGGGAGGCGGCUCGAAGACAUGGGUUCAAGCCGGUUUAAAGGCAUUUCAUUAGGAAACCAUCCAUUAAUAUAUCUUAUAGGACUUUACAUAUGCACCAAAGAAAGAAGUGUAAACUUGUAAAGUUGUUAAAAAAAUGUAUACUAAAUAAAGUCUUUAAGUUAUAAUAUAUAUUCAAUAUGACAAUGUUAUUCAUUGAUUGA